UCACGUCAAGUGAGAUUUUCAAGCCGUACAUCAACGGUUAAUUAUCGGAAUAUUGACAGAAAAUCAGGAAAAUGUCCAACGUUCAGUAUGUGCAGGGAGAAACCCUGUCCGUCCACUUAAUGAGACCAGAAUCAGGAACAUCAUGGGGAUUUCGACUGCAAGGAGGAGUUGAUUUUAGCACACCUUUAUCAAUUCAGGUGGUUCAACCAAACAGUGUUGCUGAAAGAAGUGGGUUAAAAGCUGGUGAUGCUAUAUUACGUAUCAAUAAUACCAACGCUGACAGUCUGGCUCACGAAGAUGCCAAGAUGGAAAUUGUUCGAUCUGGUAAUGAUAUCCAAUUAUUGAUUCAAAGGGGUGCUGUGAAGAUCUGGAAGCCUCAAGUCAGUAAUCUAUCUGAUAUCCGUCCAGCUGAACUCAAACCAAUAAAAACACAAACAGGACAACAUGUUGCUCCAGUACAGAAAACAUCAUUAGCUGUUAAUAAAGGAGAUCAAGGACCAUGUACUAUUGGAAGUAGCCACAACAGAGCAGCUAAACCAUUUGGAAGUCAAGCAGCGCCAGUUGUAGCUGCUGUACCCAAUGUUACCCAUUCUCAAUAUAACUCACCAAUGGGUCUCUAUUCUGGGUCUAACAUUGCUGAAACUUAUGUACAACAAACACAUGGCAUUGCUGAACAAGUUCAAGGUUUACAACUGGACUCUGCUCAAGUAGGCAGUAAAAUGGACGCCAUGUACCGACCCCAACAACAACAAGAAGGUGGAUUUAGGUCAGUGUCAGCACCAACAGCUAAACCUGCAGGUCAACAGAAACCUCAACAACCCAGUAUGAGAUGUGGUGGAUGUGAUAUGUUAGCCACAGGUGUUAUUGUGAAAGCUAAAGGUAAUCCCUACCAUGUUGCAUGUUUUAAAUGUGCAUCCUGUAGUAUGAAUCUAAAACAAAAAGGUUAUUUUGUGGUAGAUGAUAAAUUAUACUGUGAAACCCAUGCUAGAAGGAUGGCUCAAGCUCCGGGAAAUGAUAUGGUGGCUGUACCAGUUUAUAGGUAAACAGUGAUGAGAGAAUGGAAUGAAAGAAUAUAUAAUGUAUGGAAUCAUAUUCCAGGAAUUUCUAGUGAUUAUUUUACAGACUUGUUUCACAUUGUGCCUUGAAACUAUUUCAGUUUGUUAUAUAGUGAGGAAUGAAAAAGUACGCCCUGCCCACCUAGUGAUUAUCCAAAGAAAACAGACUAACUUAUUAUUGUUACAAAUUUGCAAAGUUUUGUGCCACUUCAUCAAUCAAUAUGAAUUCAGAUUUAUUUACUGAUUCUGGCAUUGUUAUUGACUGAAAAAGAUUUUUCAGAAAAGGACAUUAAUGUUAUCUUCCUAUUUCAUGUGUGUUAUAUUGACAAUUGGAAAAUACUUCUGUACACAGACUAGAAUGAAUAUAUUAUAUAGAGACACUGAUCAGCUUGUUCCUUCUGAAGCAAACUACUAGAUCUUUUAAAUAACGGAACACAAUGGUAUACUACUCCUUAUAUGGAGAUUCGACACUUGAAAAACUAAGGAGUAGUAUAACAUAAAAUAGUGUUCCAUUAUUUAAUGUGAUUACUACCCUAAAUGUCGCUAAAGGAUGAUUUACUAGAUCCUUGUUGAGCUCAGUAUAUGAAGCAAACUAUGCCUACUCGGAAUAUGAGGAGGUUUCAUGUAGUAAGACUCAAUUGAAUUCAAUAACAGCCUUACAUUUUCUAUGAAAUUCACUUCAGUAAUAGGCCAUAGAUCAAUUGUUUUUUUGCAAGUAAAUGCUCUAGUGUACAAAUUUUAAUUAUUUUGUCUAUUGCUCAUAGUGACAUUUAUCUUUUCAUGAGUUUUUAUUUUCAGUUUGUUCUCAGUAGCCUUUUGGCAUUAUUUACGACAAUAGCUCCCCAUUACUUACAUUUAGACAUUAGCUGGCAAUAUUAUUGUAGAUUUUUUAUUUUUUAUGGCAUUUUGUUAAGGGUAAUGUAAUGCAUUUAAUUGUUUUGUUUGUUUAUUUUUUAUUUUGUUUACCUAAUAUUAUUUAUGGCUAAUUUGUCGCCUGUGACAGGAUAUUCAUAAUAUUUAAUUAAUAGGCCUGCUUACAAAUAUAUUUACUUAAUGAUAAAUUUUUAUAAGCAGAUAGCAUUUUGUUAAAUUUUGGUUUAAAUAUCCCCAAGGGAUUAUGGUCAUCUUUACCACCUGAUAGAUGUAAUUUUCAUAUGUUGCAAUCACAUAUUAUUAUCCUAAUAUUAUUAAUACCUGCAUGGGAAACUUAGAUUUAUAAAUUAAAUUAGUGGAUCUUGACAGGUAUGAUUGAGCUGUAGUAGGUGCCAAAUAUUUGGAAGGCAAUAUCCCUUGAAUUAACGGUAUUUUAUAAUUAAACUGGAAGAUUUGAUCUGUUUACUGACAUUGAUAUCCAUAUUAGAUCUGAAUUGAGCUAUAUUUAUUUAUUAGUUGUUGAUAUAGGAGUGUUUUAUUUUGAUAUAUUGUUGAUAAAUGAGUUUACCCUCUUAGAUUUAUUAUUAAUUACACAAGAUUGAAGAUUGCAUAAUAAAAUAAUAUGUUAUCUCAGUUC